AUGUAUUUUUAUCUUAAGGAGCGUUCAAAUUCAAAAGAAUUGGAUUUAGAUAUUGAUUCAGAAAUUACUAGUGAACCCGUAUAUGUGUCGUUAAAGGAAAGACGUCGAAAACACCUAGAACGUUUAUGUGGGGGAAAUCUUAGUGAAGAAAAUUCUCAAAAUUUAACAGACAGUCCAAAAGGAUCACAUACAAAUCAUCAUUAUAUUGACGAAGAAAUAACUGUUGGCUCACAAGCGCAAUUUACUCUUCUUGAUCAACUGAGUGAAUUGAAAAAAAAGCAAAUUGAUUCUGAUCAAACAAACACCGAUAAAGUUCUUCAAGAAGAACAACGAAUCCUUGAAAAUGUGGUGGAAACGAAAGGUUCGUUUAAUUGA